AGAGAGAGCCAUCCUCGACGAGGGAGAGAGCGAAGAGCCUGGUCCUCCUUCGCAUCGCACGGAGGCGCGUUCGCAACCUUCCCCGUGGCGGCUCCGAGUGACCUGACCCUUCAACGAUGCUGCUGAUCCCGCUGCUACUCAUAAUCGGACCCGCGGUGGCGUUUCCCCUGGCAGACAUGCUUGACAGCUCCCGGCCUGACGUCCCCCAGGAGCAAAAGGCGCUUUUCGUCUCCACAGAGAUAACCGGCACCGAGGCGCCAACGGAGCACGAGGAUCCGCGUGAACCGCGAGAGAUGGUGGAGGACGCGACCAAGAAGACCCUGUCUGAGACCUUAAAGAGCACAAGCGAUCACCCCGAGGCUUCUGCCGACUCAGAAGCCGGCGAGAGGAAGAUGACGCAAGGGCGCAAGCACAAGGCCAUGUUCGUGGACUACCCUCUGGUAUCGCCAAUCUACCCGGGGCUGUCGGCGUAUGAGAUCGACGGCUACGAGGAGGAGCCGGCGGUCACAGGAACGGAGCGGUCGUCGGGCGAUUCCGCCAAGCGGUACCAGGAGAGCAACAUCUUCUAUAUCCGACUGCCGCCCACGCCUUACAUGUUCGUGCCUGGCCUCGGGUACAUCUCGCAGCCACCUACGUACUCGGUUGCCAGCGCCGCCGCCAGCAGCCUGAGGCCGCAGGUGGUGCCGGUGGUGGGCCAGCUACCCCAGCUGCUUCAGCUGCCAGCACCCCACGCGAAGCCGGUGCGACCGGGUCAGCCGGGCGUUUAUCCGGCCGGCGAGACCGUUAAUCCCUUCAUCAAGCUGCCCAUAGACUUCGUGAGCAACGGCAAGCCCACCGCUGUGUAUCAGUGGCAGAAGAAGCCCGGCAAGAAGCCGGCCGACAGCCCAAUCACCAACCUGGACAGCUUGUCAGCCGACUUUGUAAGCAACGGUAAGCCGACCUCCAUUUAUCAGUGGCAGGCGAACCUCAAGCGGCCUGACGCUUCGCUCAACAGUCUCGACCUGGGACCUUACAACUUCAACGGCAAGCCGACCGGCCUGUACCUGCUCGGGCCGGACGGCUCCUCCGCCAUGCACCAGUCCAUACGACGUCCCGAUUAUCAGGCUGAUUAUCGGAGCGCGUAUUACUGAGGUGUGCGCGCGAGUUUGCACCUAGCUAGCUGGCCAGAUGGAGGACGAGUGAGACUUUGUGUGAGCUGUGAGAAUCCCCGGAGAGGGUUCUGCGAAUUUCUUCGAGCGAAAUCUCAGCCGAUAGACUCGAUGAAGGGACUGAGAAUCUGGUCACUCGAAGUCGCAGGAGUUGGUGUUUAUUUUGAAGCCGCUUUUAUUCCGGGGGAAAAUUCGCUUCAGGCUGGAGAGCUCAUUCUGUGAGUGGCAAGUCACUCGUAUUUGGGACCGCUUUGCCUCUCGAGUGGAAUUUUAAAGAAUACGCUCUGCGAAUUCAGAGCGUAGUUUUUAGCUUUAUUGGUACGAAGUCUCGCAGAAUUAUUAACCCCUUGACCGAGUGACGCAUAUACGCGCGAAGAGAGAAACAGUAAAGCUAUUGUUAUUUGCAUACAAGCGAGUAUAUUAUGCGAUUUUGUGGGCGCUGAAUUCAAAUUUGAUAUCAAAAUUUCACAAUACAAAAUAGCGGAUCUAAUAUGGAGUGUAAAAAUUUUGAAAAUAAUCGGAUUUUCAUGAAA